CGGUCCAGUACAGGGUCCUUAGCUGAGUUUGGGGGGUUUGGGGGGCUACCAGAGCUACCGCCGCCGCCGCUGCCUCCACGUUUGAUCAUUUGCAAUGUCAGGCUUUGAUAAUUUAAACACGGAUUUCUACCAGACAAGUUACAGCAUCGAUGACCAGUCACAGCAGUCCUACGAUUAUGGAGGAAGUGGAGUACCCUAUAGCAAACAGUAUGCUGGCUAUGACUACUCGCACCAAGGCCAGUUUGUCCCCGCAGACAUGAUGCAGCCACAACAGCCAUACACCGGGCAGAUUUUCCAGCCAACUCAGGCAUAUACUCCAACUACACCUCAGCCAUUCUAUGGAAACAACUUUGAGGAUGAACCACCUUUAUUAGAAGAAUUGGGUAUCAAUUUUGACCACAUCUGGCAAAAAACACUCACAGUUUUACAUCCCUUGAAAGUAGCAGAUGGCAGCAUCAUGAAUGAGACUGAUUUGGCAGGACCAAUGGUUUUUUGCCUUGCUUUUGGAGCUACAUUGUUACUGGCUGGCAAAAUCCAGUUUGGCUACGUAUAUGGAAUCAGUGCAAUUGGAUGCCUAGGAAUGUUUUGUUUAUUAAACUUAAUGAGUAUGACUGGUGUUUCAUUUGGUUGUGUGGCAAGUGUCCUUGGAUAUUGUCUUCUUCCUAUGAUCCUGCUUUCCAGCUUCGCAGUGAUAUUUUCUUUGCAAGGAAUGGUAGGAAUCAUUCUUACUGCUGGAAUUAUUGGAUGGUGUAGUUUUUCAGCUUCCAAAAUUUUUAUUUCUGCAUUAGCCAUGGAAGGACAGCAACUUCUAGUAGCAUAUCCUUGUGCUUUGUUAUACGGAGUCUUCGCCCUAAUUUCCGUUUUUUGAACUGAAUUUAUCUGGGAUGUAGACAUCAUUGGGCCAAAUAACAAAAAGGACUUUGAACUCUUCAAUCGGACCAGCAAAUGGCUACAGUGCAACUCUCAUGCAGAUCUAAUGUUUGACUCUUGGAGCAGUGGAAGUAAAUAAGUAUCUUUGGUUCAUUUUUAUAGAACUUUUGAAUACUAUAUUGGAUUUAUGCAGUAUGACUAGAUUUAA